CCGCUAGUUGUUGUUUUUUUUUUCAACGCAGCCAUGUAUUCUCGGUAAACAAAAUUGGUGAUAAUAUCGUUCGACAUAAACGAGGAAAAGUGUUGGCAAGACAAAAUUUGGACCAUGCAUCCGGGUCAAAUGGAAGUGAAUGAAGUGACCGGCUACUUGUCAUUUCUGCUCAGCAUCGAUUGGACAGAUCCGUGGCUGAUUGGCCUAGUUGUGGUCCAUGUCCUGACCACAACAACAGCCCUGCUGAGCCGGAACAACACCAACUUCCAGGUCUUCCUGUUCCUAGUACUGCUGCUGGCGGUUUAUUUCACGGAGAGCAUAAAUGAGUAUGCGGCCCAGAACUGGAGCUCCUUCUCCAAGCAGCAAUACUUUGAUAGCAAUGGACUGUUUAUCUCCACAGUUUUCUCCAUUCCCAUACUCCUCAACUGCAUGCUGCUGAUCGGAACUUGGCUCUACAACUCCACGCAGCUGAUGGUCUCGUUGAAAACAGCCCAACUCCGAGAGCGAGCGCGUCAGGAACGGCUAAACCAGACAUUAGCCACGGCUGAGCAGGAGAAAGCUGAUUAGAAAUUGGAUUUAAUCUGAAAUCAUUUGGGCUGUGAGCAAUUCAUCACUUUCCAAAAAAAGCUGGCAGAAUUUUCCCACAGACAUGUUCAAACUAGGCCAAUAAUAUAAUGAAAAAGAUCAAAUGAAUCAUUUCAAAUAUA